ACAAUCAUGAGGGAUGUGAUUAACAACAAAUCAACGUGUUUGCUCCCGGUCUGUAAAUUAGCCAAGCGGCCGAUCUCAAUGACAGGCAGGCAUUGGCUGAUGCCCCUGUCACUAAGUGUCCUUUCUGUGGACUCUGUCGAUCCCAACCCUCAGCUUCCCGCUGAUGGUGCCUUCCACAUGAAGUGGGUCAACCUUUUUGGAUAAAAUACUCCAUUAUAAGGAAAAGUUCUGCAUUUAAAAUGUACUUAAGUAAAAGUACAGAAGUAUUGUCAGCCAAAUCAACUUAAAAAAUCUCAAAUAAAAGCAGUCACCUUCAUAUACAGUUAAGAAUUAGUUAGAUAAAUAUGAAAGACAUGCUGCAAGGCAGAGGUUUUCAACCAGUUUCUGGUGAUGCUCAGUGAAUGGAAGUGAAAUAAUAAUACAUUACUUAUCACUAGUUAUCAAAAGAGGAAGACAUAGAACUGCCUGAAUGUGUGUGAUCUCCUUAAAGAAAUAGUUCAGAGAUACAGUAGCUUUGGGAAAUCUUACUGUCUCCCCUACUUUCUCAGAGUUAGUAAUGUAUUAAAAUGUAGAAAACAGACCAUCAGACAAAAGCUUUCUCAUAUUAUGGGAAGUCCCAAGUUUUGUCAAGCAAACAAUAUUUGUUUCACUAUCCACCCAGAAAUUAAACGAUGGAAUGUAAACUAGUGUGGAGUGAGGAAGUGAAACCCCUGCUGUAUGGUAAACAAAAAACCAACAAGGUAUUUGACUGUGUGUGUGUCUCAGUCAGGCUGGUCGAAGUCGCAGUGCCACCAUUGUGACUGCUUAUCUAAUGAAGAGACACCAGCUGGGCUUCAUAGAGGCUUAUCACAGACUGAAGAGUGUCAAACAGGAUGUACAACAGGUGAAAGACGCCCUACCAAAAUCCAUAGACGCCGAACUGCAUGAUCUUAAACCAGGAGAUUGGAUUGUGGUGAAGGACCUAAGGAGGAAGAACUGGAGAGCACGAAGGUGGAACGGGCCAUAUCAAGUUCUUCUCACCACACAGACGGCAGUGAAGGUUGCGGAGAGGGCGACCUGGAUACAUGCAAGCCAUUGCAAGAGGGUACCCGAGCCAGGGGAGGAUUCUUCAGGACAGAACGUACGUUGAUGUCAGCAGGUGUGCUUUCAGCCUUCGAUUGUUUUGUGCCCGCAAGUAAAGGGGUGUGGAAAUCAUCGGAGCUACACGUCUCUAAAAUUCAAAGAGAGGCGACACACUGAUUAAGAAGUUGACAAGCAGAACACUGCUAAUAUUCAAUGGCGCCAAUGGACAAACAGUGGCAUCUGAUGGGACGGCUGGUGCGCGGUUGGAGGGAAGGGAAGUGCUCCCUGUUCUUGCUGACUGUCAUCUUCGUCCUACCACUGCUGCUGUGGAGAACAAGCCAAAACAACUCGAGCAUAAAUGAAAUAACCAAAAGAGAACUUUUGUGUGAUCUCUCUGAUGAACAAAUGAAACCUGAAAAUAAUGCAUGGUAUGAGUCCAUGAAGGUGAUCGCUAGAAAAAUAACUAAUGAGAGCUGUUAUGUCUGUGCACAACUUCCUCAUGGUGUGGGUACUACUCUCCCACUUAAGACCAUCCCACUAAAUACCUCAGAGACAUUAGGAGUACUGAUAGCUUUCACUCAGGGGAUUUCACUAAAGAAUAGGAAUGUGGAAGACAUGACUAGUACACUUAAACUACUGAAUAUCAGUGUAGUUAAUUAUGGGGGUUCCACAGCACGAUUCUGGGAUAUGUCUUUUGUGGCAGAUCAGGAAAUUCACCAACCUGUGAUGACAAUAAACCCCACCGGACAGUUAGGCACUGUUUGUUUAGCUAGACAAUGUUUUAAAGCUGAGGAUCACUAUCUGGGAACCUCACCAUGUAAGCAAAAGGUUGUAGCUACUUGUGGUUUGAUAUGGGAUCGGGGAGCAGCAGGAACAUGCAAAUAUAACGUACCAUUUGUUGCUCAGUUAAAUUUAACUAAUACCAUCAGUUUACAUAGACCAGGUUAUGACAACCCGAUUGUUAGAAUGCCUUCAAGUGAUGGGUAUGGGUCUUUGAGGGAACAUGUGUGGGUGUGCGGGAAAUAUGUUUACCAGUCACUCCGACCGGGGUGGUGUGGGACUUGUUAUUUCGCCAAAUUAGUACCCUCUGUUACUUUGUUAUCUAACCUCACCCACUUCCAUACAGAUUAUGCUCACUAUUCUGUGCCAUUCAGACAUAAGCAUUCCACAGUAAGAGUGUCUCCAGGAGAGAAAGGAUUCGGAGGACUCUUCCCCUGGUGGGGAACUGUGAACAAUGCACACAGGAUAGAUGAAAUUGCUCUGGAACUGGAAAAUUUAACAGCUUUAGUGGGAGAGGGAUUUUCAUCUCUUUCUCCAAGUAUUCAAGGUAUCAGAAAUGUGGCUUUGCAGAAUAGAGUGGCUUUGGAUUUGAUGCUCGCAAGUCAAGGGGGUGUUUGCCACAUAAUCGGAACAGAUUGCUGCACAUAUAUACCGGACAUUUCUGAUAAUAUGACGCAUAUAGUUUCCCAUCUAAAUGACCUAUUGUUUGAGGAGAAGAACAAGGACUCUCAAAUUCCUGGAGGAUGGGAUUGGGAGUCAUGGUUAACUGUAACAGGUUGGAAAAAUGUAUUGUUUAAAUUUUUUAUGCCUAUUUUGAUUUCAUUUUGUGUAUUAGUGUUUUUGGCAUGUUUUAUUGUUCCUUGUGUUAAGACUAUGGUUACAUCCCUAAUUAAGUCUAUGAUUGGACAAUAUGUUCAACUUCCUGAAACUCAUCCAUCUUGGACACUUCCCUUUCAGGAUGCUGAGAUGUUUGAAGAUGUUUAGAGGAUGUUGAGCCUUUAAGGCUCAAGGGGAGGAUUGUGAUAGAAAUUACUAUUAGGGCAAUGAUUAAUAUGAGGAACAACUUUGAUCUUUAGACAAGACAAAUGUCUCUCUGAGAAACCAGGGUGUUGAUCCACCAUAUGAUGUAUGUUACUUUCUCACCCUCACAGUCACCUAACAGAGACUUUACAGCACGGGGGAUUUGUGGUUGUAAACAUUAAGACAGAUGUUACACUCCAGGGGUCUGAGAUAGAGCAGAAGACAGGAUUAUUCAUCACCUAUUCUAUACAUCAAAGAGGUUGAUGUAUAACAUUUGUUCCCUCACUAGGAGGGGCUUGGAAAUGUAUAAAGUGUUCCUAAUUCUUGUAUGUCAUUGCUCAUUGUAUGAAAUCUAUUCCAUGGUCUUGCACAUUG